AUUGUAAACUCAUGGAAAUGAAUCCAUAAUAUUUUGUCAUAUUAUUUAGCAAACAAAAUUUGGUGAGAAAAUUUGCUAACCGGCUCACUCUAGCAUUUUUGAUAGUUUAUAUGCCCUCUCUUUUUUAAUUGUUAACAAAGUUCUGGAAAAUGCACUCUCCGGCAUCCUCGACCAAAUCAUGUGAAAGCCCUUGACAAGCACGUGUAAGAAACUCGAUCUUUUUGCUCUGAGUGGUCUAUUUGGCAUAUUAUUACUAAUUAGAGCUAUUGGAAAUUGCAUGAUUUUAAGAUGAGACAAACUUCAACGCAAUGCCUUCUUAAAAAACUAAAUUGGUUUUCCAGCUAACCCACUGCUCAAACUUAUAUAAUGAGAGCUACUUUUACACUGAUUGCUUUUAUCCCACAUUCUCCACACUUUCUUUCUCUCUCUCUCUCUCUCUUUCUCUCUCUCUCUCUCUCUCCCCUCUUUCUCUCUCAUCAUAGCAGAAGAAAUGGAGGAAGAAAACAUUGGCCCAAAAUGGGAAGGCGGAGCCUCAGCUGAGAUAAAAGGCCCAACACCACAACAAGUUUGGGAUCUCCUCCGGGAUUUCGGCAACUUGCACAAAUGGAUUCCAAGUCUUGACACGUGCGACCUCCUCGACCAUGGUAAUCAACUUCCUGCCCAGACUGGUCUGAUCAGGUACUGCGCUUCCACUAAAAUAACAUCGUCCGCUGGUAUUGAUCAGACCAUUACCUUGUGGGCCAAAGAGAAGCUAAUAAUGAUUGAUCCAAUCAAACGGUGUUUGAGCUACGAGAUCGUCGAUAACAACAUGGGUUUUAAGUCGUACGUGGGUACCAUGGAAAUAUUGCCCAUCAUCAACGAUGAUGUGAAACAUGGGUGCAAGAUCAAGUGGUCAUUUGUUUCUGACCCAGUGGAAGGUUGGAGAUAUGAAGAUUUGGUCUCUUACAUUGACUCGUCCGUGAAGCUCAUGGCUAAGAAGAUGGAGGAGCAUAUUCACUCAUCGAUCUAAAAGCCUCAAACUUGAAGGCUACAAAUUAAGGCUGUUUUAUUAGUUAUGCAAUUAAAUAUAUGCCUGUUGAAUAUUCUGUAAUAAUUAUUAAAUAAAUCCUAGACUUUCCUUUCAGUAAGAAUAAUAUAUAUAUAUCUUAUAAUGAA